AUGGCCGAGCGCGCCGCUCGCCGCUGCUGCCUGGGCUGGGACUUCAGCACGCAGCAGGUAAAAGUUGUUGCUGUUGAUGCAGAGCUGAGUGUCUUCUAUGAAGACAGUGUGCAUUUUGACAGAGACCUUGUAGAAUUUGGGACUCAGGGUGGAGUUCAUGUUCACAAGGAUGGCCUGACAGUGACCUCUCCGGUCCUGAUGUGGGUCCAGGCUUUGGACGUCAUCUUGGAGAAGAUGAAGGCUUCGGGCUUUGACUUCUCUCAAGUCCUCGCCUUGUCUGGGGCGGGCCAGCAACAUGGAAGCGUGUACUGGAAGACGGGGGCCGGCCAGGUGCUGACACGCCUGUCACCGGACCUUCCGCUGCGUGAGCAGCUACAGGCCUGUUUCUCCAUCAGCGACUGCCCGGUGUGGAUGGACUCCAGCACCGCAGCCCAGUGCCGCCAGCUGGAGGCUGCCGUGGGCGGGGCCCGGGCUCUCAGCCGCCUCACCGGCUCCCGCGCCUACGAGCGAUUUACAGGAAACCAGAUUGCAAAGAUUUACCAGCAGAACCCCGAGGCCUACUCACACACAGAGAGGAUUUCCUUGGUCAGCAGUUUUGCUGCUUCUCUCUUCCUUGGGUCUUACUCCCCUGUGGACUAUAGUGAUGGUUCUGGAAUGAAUUUGCUGCAGAUUCAUGACAAAGUCUGGUCACAGGCUUGCCUUGGAGCCUGUGCACCUCGCUUAGAGGAGAAGCUUGGCCGGCCGGUGCCAUCCUGCUCCGUUGUGGGGGCCAUCUCUUCCUACUUUGUCCAGCGCUAUGGGUUUCCUCCAGGAUGCAAAGUGGUGGCCUUCACUGGGGACAACCCAGCAUCGCUGGCAGGCAUGAGGCUGGAGGAAGGUGACAUUGCGGUCAGCCUGGGCACCAGCGACACGCUGUUCCUCUGGCUCCAGGAUCCCACGCCCGCCCUGGAAGGCCACAUCUUCUGCAACCCGGUUGACCCCCAGCACUACAUGGCGCUCCUGUGCUUUAAAAACGGCUCCCUGAUGAGAGAGAAGAUCCGGGAUGAGUCUACUUCAGGUUCCUGGGGCGAGUUCUCCAAGGCGCUGCGGUCCACGGCGAUGGGGAACGGCGGAAACCUGGGUUUUUAUUUUGAUGUCAUGGAAAUCACCCCAGAAAUUAUCGGACGCCAUAGGUUUAGUGCAGAAAACCAUGAGGUCCCGGCAUUCCCCCGGGAUGUGGAGGUUCGAGCACUGAUCGAGGGACAGCUCAUGGCCAAGAAGAUUCAUGCUGAGGCGCUGGGCUAUCGAGUCAUGCCCAAGACAAAGAUUUUGGCUACUGGAGGAGCAUCUCACAACAGAGACAUCUUACAGGUGCUUGCAGAUGUGUUUGGUGCACCCGUGUACGUCAUAGACACCACCAACUCUGCCUGUGUGGGCUCCGCUUACCGAGCUUUCCAUGGCCUUGCAGCUGGAACAGUCGUGCCCUUCGCAGAGAUCGUGAAGUUAGCCCCAAAUCCCAGAUUAGUUGCAACCCCAACCCCAGGAGCGUCUCAGGUCUAUGAGGCCCUCCUCCAGCGGUAUGCUAUGCUUGAGCAGAGAAUCCUGAGCCAGACCCGGGGACCUCCAGAGUGA